ACUAUACCUUCCUGUAUCUGUGUUUAUGUAUGUGUCUUUCUUAACUGGCAGGCACAAUGAAGCUUGACUCCAGGUUAACAGAGCUGUUCAGUGGGGUCCUGCUGGCUCUCUGUCUGCUGAGCCUCUGUGGAGAGGCAGUGUCCAGUGGCAACCAGGGCCUACGGGGACCCACCGGGCGGGCAGAGGGGAGGACGAGGAUGGAGCAGAGGACAGGGACCUGUGAAGUGGUGGCGGCCCACCGCUGCUGCAACCGGAGACAGAUAGAGGAGCGCUCUCAGACGGUCAAGUGCUCCUGCUUCCCGGGACAAGUGGCCGGCACCACCAGAGCCUCGCCAUCUUGUGUUGAAGCCUCCAUCGUGCAGCAGAAGUGGUGGUGUAGGAUGGAGCCGUGUCUGGCGGAUGAGGAGUGUCGGGUUCUCCCCGACCUCACCGGCUGGUCCUGCAUCUCCGGGAAUAAAGUGAAGACCACCAAGGUGGCACGGUAGGGAGACGGUUCUCAGGUUCUACUCUUCUGCAAGUCAGCCUCAACUCCCUGCCGUCGUCUCAAAAAACUACCACCAGACUGUACCCAACAGGGAGCCCCCACCCGACACCCCCGUCAGGAACACAAGCUCCUCUCAACAAGGCCUCCAGGACGGAUCCAAAACUGCCGAUCCGUCGGCUCCCGUCAGCCUGGAUCGAUCAACCCCCCCCCCCCCGGGGGACGUGUACCUGGUCACUACCACCACCACCCCGCACUCCUCCUCGGUUUCCUUUUACAUUCUUUCGGUGUGUUUCUGUAUCGUUGUUCUGAAGCUGCCGUCUGAUGAGUCCAUUAAGGACAUACCGCGGGGCGGCGGCUCGAGUGGCGCGCUCUGGUUCCUCUGUGGUCCGAGGCGCGGCUCCUCUGGGCUCAGCCUCGCCAACAGCAGUCCUCGGUGGUUCCAGCCAUAGAUAUGCCUGGCACGUGGCCAGCCACUCAAUCAGGGUUUGGACGGGGGAGCUGGCAGGACGUUUAAAGAGAGAUUUCUCUUUCUGGACUACUCUCAGAACGCUGGAUGUGCUUUCCCCCGACUUAUUGGAACAGAGCGAUGGCGAACAUUUUUGAUUACCGGUAAUAAGCAGAGGCACCGGUGGGAGAGAUGGGACUUUGGAAAUGUGUUUCUUUGUUUGGGACACCGGGUCCUCUCACCAGAUGUUCUUACCACAAACAAGCAGGAACACACAGGCUCCAAGACAAUCUGUGCGACUGUGUGUGUGUGUAAUACACUUGCACACAACCACACGCACACACACACACACACACACACACAC